AAGGAUUUCUCUUUCCUACGCAGCGGUCACGUGCGGUCUGAGGUAUUCCCAUCGUGCUUUUCGCUUGGUCUCUGCAACACCACCCCACACUCCUCACUCUCUGCUAGCUCGCUGCCUCCACUGAACCACCACCACAUCACAAAACAAAACAAAUACAUUAAAUAAACAAAACAAGCAAAACCAUUUUUCACUGUGACACUAUCACACUCACACACACACCCAUUGCAUUUCUCACUUGAUUUCUUUGCCUAAACGAAACCUCAAAUCUCAAUCAAACCUUCAAUCAAAACCCCUUCAACUUUGCUAAAUAGGUUCGUACAGAAACUUGCAGUGGCAGGCUUUCUCUCAGCCGUCUUUACUAUUUAUAAUUAAUACCCUUUACCAUUAUUAUUACCUUACACACCACACCAUGCACAAAAGAUGCGCCUCUCUCCAUUCUUCUCACCCUCUUCUUCUCACAUAUUCUUCUUUUUCAAUUUCUAUUUUCUCUUUCUCCCUCCCACACUCGUGCCCUCUCUGCCCACUCCACAAUAAUGACUCUCUUUCUACCUUCAUUAUCACUCUUUUCAGUUACUGCUUUUUUUCCUUUCCAAAUUCAAUUCAACUCAAACCCCUUAACACAAGUUUGGAUUUUGGUUUAAUUAUUAGUUUAUUAGUAUUUUUCUGGGUUCUGGGUGUUUCUUAAUUAUCCCUUGUCAGAGGCCCUAUUUACUGCCCCUGCCACAGUCUUUUCGUAUGGUAUUCACACCUAACCUCAUUUGCCGCUUCUUCUUUGUCACUUACCAUUACUGUUACUUGUGCCCCCUUCCUUAGUGCAUCAACAAGGACUUCUGCUAUUACUGCCUGCUACUCCUGCCAUUUCUUGUUCUGUCCAUUUCACCCUCCCUCUCUCUCUCUCUCUCUCUCUCCUCUCUCUCUUCCAUGGCCACCACUCCCACUCUGCGUUCUUCUUCCGUCCCCUCUCUGCCUCCUCCUUCCCCCAAAUCCCCGCCGGAGUACCCAGAUUUGUAUGGGAAGCGCCGUGAAACAGCCAGGGUUCACAUGCUCGAGAGGGAAAUCACUUUUCUCGAGGAAGAAUUGAAAUCUGUUGAGGGUCUUCAACCAGCUUCAAGAUGCUGCAAAGAGGUUGCUGAUUACGUUAUGGCAAACGCAGAUCCUCUGUUACCUACAACCAAGAAGAACAGCCGGUCAUGCCGCUUCUGGAAGUGGCUCUGUGGCAUGCCCUGUUUUAACCUCUCUUGGAUCUGCUGCUGCUGUUGCUGCUGUGAAGGAUUAUCUUUACCACUAAAAUUGCCACGCUGCUGUUGUGACUGCAAACCAUGCAGUUGCAGUUGCAGUUGUCUUCCAUCCAUCAAAUGCUGCUCCUUACCAAAGUGGAGCUGUUGCUGCUCUUGCCCCAAAUCAUAUUUCUGUAAAGAGAGCUGUGGUUUUGGAAAUUGUUGUACUCUCCCACGUAGUUGCAAUUUUGGGUGCCCAACUUGUCCAUCUUGCCCCUCUUGCUGCAGUUGCAAAUGCACCUGCACAUGCUCUUGCCCAAGCUGUCCAAAGGUAACCUCAUGUUGCUGUUGUACAAAGUCAUGUUGGAGACCAUGUUGUUUAUGUUGCUAGUAUAUUCUUUCCAAAAGGAAAAGCAAAAAAAAAAAAAAAAAUCUGAAGCUUUUGUUAUCAAAAUUGCA